GGCUAGAGAAAGAUGUCCAUGCCUCAGGGUCCCCAGCCUACAGCAGGGGUACUGGCUGGAGGAGGACUCUGCCCCCAACUCUGUGUCUAGGGUAGGGGGUGCUGACUGGAAGGAAGGGGCUGCACCCCAGGUCCCCCCAGCACAGUGUCUAGGGAAGGAGGCAUUGGCUGGAGGAAGAUGUCCAUGCCCCCAGGGUCCCCAACCUAGGGCAGGGGCACUGGCUGGAGCGGGGUACUUGUGCCCCCAGGGUCUCUGCAUGGUGCCUACGGCAGGGAGCCCUGGCAGUCAGGCAGCUCUGAAGCAGGGGGUCAGGGCUGCCAAGGGAUACCCAUCAAGGCCAGGGGGUGGCUUGUCCUGUCCGGGUGUUAACCUGGCAGUGCCAGUGCCCUGCCUGAGGCAGGGGGAGAAGUGGGAGCUGGGGCUGCCAAUACCGUAGGUGCUGCCCUGGUUGAUUGUCUCCUGACCUCCUGUGCCUCCAGUGAGGGACACCGGCAAAUGGGGCAGCAGGUUGGCCGACAGGUGCCCCAGAGCAAAGGAGAAGGCUGUGCCUCAUACUCAGGCUGUGGUUUCAGAUUCCCACGCUGAACGAAGGCUGCAACGCCUGCUAACAGGGUAUCAGGGUCGUGACCCGCCUUCUGGCAAGCAGCCACACCAGCACAGGUGGCUGCUGUAACCCUGCAUUGUACCGGAGCAUCUUCAUGCCUGGGGGUGAUGCUAGUGAAUCCGUGUCAUGCAUUCCUCCAUCGGAGCUGUGGGUGCCUGAGACUGGUAGCUCACAAGACAGGUGUCAAUCUGCUUUUCUGCAGUGGAUGCAGGAUGUUAAUGGGGCCUUAAUAUUGGCCCUGCAGGUGUAAAUCAGAGGAAAACCCAGAAGAGAGUUCCUUUAAGCUGUUGUUUGAGGCUGGAGAGUUGUGAAUGUGUCUGCCGUCAGCAUAUGUCUUGCUGAGGCCUAUCAUCCCAUGCUUGGCUGGGCACUUCAUGACACCAGCACAAUAGAGACGUUUUGAAAAACAACCCUGCUGUUUCCAGCACUGUGGUAACAGACAGCCUUCCCUGCCUCACCCCAACCCUUGUUUAUGGUGAGGAGGUUCCCUCCUCACAGCGAGAACAGAAGAUUCCUCGAAUGCGGGGUCUGGGACAGCAUAGCAAAUGACGACAAAAUGCUCUUUGCUCCACGGUGAUCAGAUCCAGAACCCACCAAAGUUGAGACCAUGCUUGGUGCAAAGGCCAGUCUGUCUGAAAACUGCCUAUCGCUCCCAUAAGAAUCCUUUAGUUUAACUUCUGCGGCCUCUAAUCCUGCCUUGAUUUGUUAUGUAACGUUUGACAGCAAAGCUACAUUUUACAACGUGUGCAGCUUCCAUGUAAUUUUAAAUUGAUUGUCUCUAUUUUGAACUGAUUCUGUGGUUUAUUAUUAACUGAUGCUGAAGCUGCUGGAUCUCAGGCCACCAGGUGCCUUUAAUUAAUAGACUGAGACUCAGUAUUAAGGUAGAGAACUUGCAGUUUCAUUGGAUGCAUCCAGCCACCCCUUAGGCAGUGGUUCCUGUGUGGUCACCCGGUUUUAGUGGUCCCAAAUCCUGUUCUGAAAUAGAAAGGAGGUUCUCCUGGCCUACCAGCGGCACACAUGCUUGGGAAAUGGUUCUGAAGGCAUUUUCUGCUGAGCAGGAUGCUCUAUUGGGGGUGUGGCUGAAGGGUUAUCCUUGAGGGGCAGGGCUACAGGUGACUUUUCUCUGUGGUGAGAGCGAUGCCCAUGGGUUCCGGUUUGGGUGGUGUCUGCAUGGGAUAGUGCAUUGUGAUACCUGGAGCAGGCACUUGUACCAGUCCAGGGAGAGGCGUGUUUUUAACUCUGUUGAUCAGACUGUGACAGUUAGUGGGCAUGGGUGGGGAUAUGCUGCCAAUGGGCCACUGGGGCAUAAGUGUGCCAGGCGAUCACCCUGUAGUAGUCAGAUGGACACCCCCGCCCUUUGCCUCCUCUGGGAUAUUAACUUUAUCAACCCAUUUGUUAAAGAAAAGCUUUGCAGUUAUCUUUAACCAGCAACUUCUGAAGAUGUCACCUUGAAACAUAACAAAAAUGCUUUCAGUACAAAUCCCUCCUAUGCCAAGUGCACCUGCUCACCACACACCCCAGGCAGCCCCUGAACACAAUUACUGAUUUAAAGCCAAGACCUGUGUUCCGGGAGUCAGUAUUUCAAAGGGAUACAACUUGUGCCUGCUCCAGCUCAUCACAAUACACAGUUCCUUUGCAGACACUACAGAGAUGCCAUAUGCACGCUGAGGAAUUCCCAUUAAAGCCCCGUGGCUGCACACAGUGUGAAAACUGGGAAACAGAAUGGAUGGAAGUUAGUUUUGCUAAUGUACUUGUUCUAAAAGUGCCUUUUUCUAGUUUGGUUUAGAGCUGCCUCAGCCUUGUGCCCAAGCCUGCCAGGACCACAGCAACAGCAUCACCGGGCAGCCAAAGCACGUAGCCUGCUAGGCCAUUUCAGCAAGGGAUAAGCAGUUUGUGCCUUACAUAUAACUUGCUUUGGAAGAUAACAGCACAAACACCCUCCUGCUCCUCUGUACUGUUUCACCACUGCUGGCACAAGAACCUUCUCCCCUGCAACUUUUGCCAGACUCUCUCUCUCCAUCUACUUUAAAAUAUUUUCAGACAGCCCAUCUCUCAUUAUGUACAUCUACUGGUGGCUCUUACAUUUGGUUGAAGCUUUGGGGGGAUACAGUUUGUACAGAAAAUACUAUUACAAGAUAAAUCAUCUCAGUAUAGCUGAGUAAAGUUAUCAGCCACUUUAUCCUCCAGCUGCUUUAUGGCAUCUAGAUGGCUAACUGCAGUGGAUACACGUCCAUUCUCUGCUCUGGUACUGCACUUCCUUUCCCACUAAUAGGAGUUACAUUUUUGAAAACCCCAGUUGUGCUUGUGCCUUCCUUCCCCCAUCCCCUUCCUGCUCCAAGAUUCCCAGGGAGAGAAUUCAGAGCAAACCAAUGUGAUAGUCAGAGUUGUUCUCUCCUGUUAAAGGGAACACUUACACUCAGACCCACUUUGUAAAGUCUCCAUUCCAUUUUUCUAUCUGGUGCCUUCAAAAGAUCCUUGACAAAAGUACAGGAACAGAGCAGCCAUCUGGCCUGGAACUUUGUAAGUGUUGACCUUUAAAAACCUUGGUUCUUUGUUAGUUUGCCAAAAUAAUUCUCAGCUGCCCCUCUCCCUUGGUGUGAUAGUAUGAAGGGGCAUAGCCUUCCAUGAAUGCACCUAGGCAUCUUUUCAGCUUCCAUUUACUGAACAGGGGCUGCAGCCCCACAGGAUGUUUAAAGGGCAGGGAACUGCGAUCGGCCUGCCUAAGCCAGUAACUGUGUGUUGUGGUGGAGAGAGUUACAGAGUGGAAUAGCACCUUCGGCCUGGCGGAAUGGUUGGACUUUGGGGGCAGUCUGGCACAGUGGGCCCUAGAUUUGCCCUAACCCCAAAGUGCAGAGAACCCCAGUCCAGGAUUAUGCAUAUUGUGGCAACUCCCAGAGGCCCCAGUCAAGAUCACUGCCCCGCAGUGUGGGGUGCUAUAUAAAAUAUUAUGUAUAAUAAGAUAGGUCCUGCCACAAAGAGCCUACAGUCUAAUUAAAGACAAUGCAACAAGCGAGUAACAGAUAGAGGAAAUGGGGAAGGAAGAAUAGAUGGCGGCAGAGACGUGCUAUGGGCACACACAGCAGGAUGGCGUCAGAGAAAUUAAAUGAAACUGAGAUUUUUAAAAUAAGAUAUAAACAAAAUAGGUCUAAAGUCUGAUUACCAAGCAGGUGGGAAUGAGGUUCCUAUGACCCAGUUCUGGUGUGAACCCUUGCCCAGGGUGCACAGCAAACCCGACACCUCAUUGGCACUUAGAUAAGUUUGGUUAAUUAGAUGAAAAGGAAAAAAACCAACCUUCACCCCUCACCCACACUCACCAAUUUAUUCUUCUGCCCUUUCUGGUGUCCCCUGGUCACAGCAGUGCCCAGCUCUGUCAGAGUGACCGUUCGUUCCCGUGGCAUUUCUAGCCCGCCCAAAGCAGGCAGUAUUGGGAUCCUGUGAAAGAGCCUCGUGACUUCUGCAGAUUACAGCUUUGGGUACUUCCUGAAGAGCACAGACAUCAGGGGUUUGUCCGAACAGACCCUCUGAUCUUUGAGGAGCUCACCUGUUUGGUAACUUCAAUCCCACUGCUUUGCUAUGCAGAGCCACGGAGCGCGGUCUGCUCCAGGGCGUCCCUCUCCCUGCUGCCCUACAGGGGCACUCAUUUCCACUUUGUGUGUCUAAAAGGAGAAAGGCUGGCGUUCCACCAACAUGGAUUCUGUUUAGUAACCACCUGAGCGGUAUCAUCUGUUCUCAGUGGAAAGCGCUCUAUUCCCUGAAAGGCGUGUCAUUUCAGAGCAUUUAGAUCAAGGUAUAAUCUGUGAUGUGGUACGAGAUACAUCUGUUAAAAGAACAUUUCCAGCUUCAACCCAGCUAUGCAUCAACCAGAUUGUAGAAGUGAUGCUGUAGCAGGCAGGAAGAACGGAUCGGGGAGCAGCACUGGUUACUGCACAGCGCUCCAGGAGAGAAUGGACGAAUGUGCACCAGUAACGAGGACAGGAGGGACAGAGGCUUGGCUGGACCCUGCCUAUCUGCUGCCUUUGAGAACGAAUGACCUCAGAACGUUGGCAGGGAUGCCACAGCUGAUGCUUCACUAACGAUAACAGCACCAUAGGGCUUCCUGGUCCUCUGAGGCACAGGCCUUGUCAAACAUGUAGAUGUGAACACUAACAACUCGCCACUCACUAAUGCAGUGCUUGUAAGUGGCCGGGGAGCAGGUACAACUGUGCUUCCCCAUGGCAAGCCCUUCCCUCCGUGCCCCUACUAACCUGCAUGGUGUGGGUGCCUUUAGGAACCACGAGGACUGAUCACCUGGCCCUUUUAUACACCUCUAAGAACAGCUUCACAAAAAUGUCUUUGGAGUGGCUGAUGGACUGGAGCUGGUCACUGGAUGGACUCCGGGACUUUAUAGCUACAGGGAUCCAGUCCUUCCGGGACUGUGACACCACUGCCCUCAGUGCUGUUGCUUGCCUCUUGGUGCUGUUUGUUUGGUACUGUUACCACGUUGGCAGGGAGCAGCCCCGCACGUAUGUCACUGUGAAUUCCCUCAUGCAGAGCUCUGAUGCCAGUGGCUUACAGAAUGGGUAUGCUUACUGCCACUCCCCCGAGUGUGUGCGCUGCACACGUAAUGACGGGCUUAACCAGAAACUCUAUCACAAUCUGCAGGAAUAUGCCAAGCGCUACUCCUGGUCCGGCAUGGGCAGGAUCCACAAGGGCAUCCGAGAGCAAGGGCGCUACCUAAACAGCCGACCAUCCAUCCAGAAGCCAGAAGUCUUCUUCUUACCAGACUUACCAACAAUGCCCUAUUUCUCACGGGACGCUCAAAAACAUGACGUGGAGUUACUGGAACGCAACUUCCAGACCAUCCUGUGCGAAUUCGAGACCCUCUACAAAGCCUUCUCAAACUGCAGCCUCCCGCAAGGAUGGAAAAUGAACAGCACGCCCAGUGGGGAGUGGUUCACCUUUUACCUGGUGAACCAGGGCACGUGCAUUCCCAAGAACUGCAGGAAAUGCCCACGGACGUAUCGCUUACUUGGGAGCCUCCGCACCUACAUUGGCAACAAUGUCUUUGGGAACGCAUGCAUCUCUGUGCUGACCCCGGGCACGGUCAUUGCGGAGCACUAUGGACCAACCAACAUCCGCAUACGAUGCCAUUUAGGUCUGAAGACUCCCAGCAACUGCGAGCUGGUGGUGGGUGGCGAGCCCCAGUGCUGGGCUGAAGGCCGAUGCCUCCUGUUUGACGAUUCCUUUCUGCACACUGCAUUUCACGAAGGUCCCCCCGAAGAGGGCCCUCGUGUGAUCUUUAUGGUGGAUUUGUGGCACCCGAAUGUUGCAGCUGCCGAGCGCCAAGCCCUUGAUUUUAUCUUUGCUCCAGGACGAUGAUCGUGCUUCUUUGCCCUAGUGGGUUUAAGGGCAAGUGGCGGGCCUGCCGGGGCUUUGCCUCAUGCAGCUCCACUGCGGUUCCAUCUCCACCCGUGGAAGCCUCUCAUAGCACAUCCGGUGUUGGAUUUUCCCCUCUCGGGGGUUAUUGUAAAUGGAAGCUUCCAGCUUGCAUUAACUUACAGUCUCUUUCUUUCCAUCAUUGCUUCAGGGAUUUCUUUCCGCCAUGAGAGUGCAUUAUUUUCACUCCGUGAUUUAGCUGCGGUACCACUGUAGUAUGUGUUAUGUUGCUACUGUGUUUGCAGUGUUCAGACUUAAGAGUAACAAAAUCAAGGGUGUUUGAAUGUAAUAAUGUAACAUUUCUUGUGGUCACCAAAAAACGUCAGCAAAGUGCUGUGCUCAGCCUGUCUUUGUCACUGUUUACAGUCACCGCGUGGACAACUCGGAGAGCCAGAUGGAAAUGGCCGAGGAGCAUGGUGGUUUCCCUGCUCCUUUGUGCAGAAUAACUUCUCUGGGGCAGAGAGCGUUCAGACCCAUUGCAGACCCAAAGCUGCCGAGGGUGAUGGUGCUUUGCAAACACAAGCUCUGUGCUAGCACAUGGCAUUGGGGCCAGAGGCUUUUAAAAACAUUUUCCUCCAGUGUGUGACUAGCACGGCAGGUGGCUGCCUAGGGCUGGGAUGAUGGCUCCAGUGCAUUCAAGCAGAAGGUGUCUGUCCCUGAGCCUGCUGCCACAAGCCCUUGCUUGGGCAGAGUGGCUGGGAACACACCCAACAGCAGUUCUGGUGCUUUCAGCUGAGCUGAAAGUGACCAAGGGGCUCCGCCCCAGGCAGCUGAGUAACAGACUCUGCCAGGGAGAGUUACACAGAAACCUGAACCUUAAGUUUGACUAAAGGUGUUUGUUAAUUGGCCUAAAGCCCUCAUAGAGCUGUUAACUUGCACUCUCAGAGCCCUGGGCUGGGAUAUACACGCCAGCUGGUGGGACGAAGGGAUGAGUUGUAUGAAAGUAGAGAGUAACCGCAUGAGUUGCCCAAGCACCCAAGGAAGUUGAUCUGCGUCUGGUUCUCAGUCUUCUCUCCCAGUGCACGGAAUGGUAGAGCGUCAGCCUGCCCUCCGCAGGCGGGGUUUAAUAACUUCUCCUAGUUCUAGAGCAGAAGUGAAAUAGUCUUCUGCCUACCUGUAAGAGUUAUGUCCACCAGCUCAACUGUGUGUUUUUCUUGGAGAGUAUCUAAUUGUCUGUGUGUCUCAGUACAGAGCUAAUGUCAGGUGUAUAAUGUGUAACGCAGCAUGUCAUGUAUACAGCCAAAUAUACUUACUGUUCUGACUGGAAAGCAAAUGUGAUGACAGGUAACUGCUGGAGGAGGAAAAUGAGUCCACAAGGGUCCCUGGAUUACCCACUACUGAAUGAUGUACAAGAGAAAGUAUACACCUGACUUCAAAUGAGUUUUCUACACAGAUUUUUUCAGUGAUUAAAUUGCAAGAUAAGGCAGAAGUUUCAAAUACAUGAAGUAUUUUUACACAAAUAUCUUAAAAGAAUAUGUGACGUGCAUGAUUUCUACGCACAUUGAAUACUUUGUGAUAGAAUUACAAAGGAAAGGCUGACCCGGUAACUGUUACAGUUUGGUGCCAUUCGUACCAGUACAUAAGGAAGACUAUCAAUAAACAAUUGUGCUGAAAAAUCGAACAGGCUGUGUGCGUGCUGUGGGGGUGGGGCGGAGGAGGUCCUCCACUUGCCACUGAGAUGGCUCUUUUGCAGUGAAAGCCUGGGACUUUGGAUCCUUGCUAUGGUGCUGGCAGGUGGGAGGUAUUGUACUAGGGAGAGAAGCAAGACCAGAUUUGGAGCAGAAGCUCUAGGAGGAAAGACUACAGGGAAGCAGGGGUGGCUAGGACAGAGACAAGGCUGCCACGCGGGGCUACACCUGUACCGAGAUGCCGUAAAGGGGACAGAGCAGCUGUCAGAAGAAACAGACAGAUUUAGUCCAAUACCGAACACUGCUAAGAGGAGCAUGGGCUAAGGAGCAAGCUCAGGGUAGGGCCAACACUGCAGCUCCCCUUGAGCUGUGCCAGGCGAGAGCAGACACCGGUCAGCCCGCUGAGGCGAAGCCUAGAUACCACUGACUGGCACAGAACUGUCCAGACUAGCGCCAACUGUUUCAGAGGAGUUGGUUUUUGGAGGAGCAGGAAAACCUCCAACCCCCAUCUUCAUCAGUGCUGAACAGGGCUGAUGUUUGAUUGCAACCCUUCCAACAUGCAGGAUGGCAGCCACAAGGUGGGGUUUGCUGUUUGGGGCAGGAGCAGGGCCCACAGCUCCCCUCCUCCACGUGCUGUGGUGCUGCUGCUUAGCAGCUGGUGCAGGAACAGCACAUCCGGCGUCAGGUCCCGCUGCCAGCACUGUGGCUGUGAAUCCCAGUGCGCUGCUAGCUAAGUGCCAGGACAGGCAUGUGAGGGCAAGUGAAGCAGGACAGCAGCAACUCAGCCUGCCCCUGGAAUUACCUCGAGGGGCUGUGGGAAAUGGUAGCAGGGCCCAGGGCAGGAAGUAAUUCAAUCUAUAGCAGUAAAUAACUCUUGUUUCACUGCUGCCCCAGCUCAUCUGAGCACAUUUGCACCUGUUACCCUCUGGCAGGCCACCCCACAUGCACCAGCCCAGACACACUCAGAGCGUGUCACCCUCUGGCCUCCUGGGGCUGUGGCUGGCUCAGCCUGCUGCGAGCUACAGUGACUCUCGGGGGCAAAUGCUGGGAGCCCCCCGUCUUCUGCUGGGGAGCACCUGCUUGCCUCCCUAUCACCCCCCACUGCACUUAUUCCCCAAAUGCAAGCCGUUGCCCCGCCCACGGCCAGCUUCCCCAAGGCCCUCAGAUUGCCGGGGAAGCUUGUACUCAGCUUGACGUGCCUAGGCACUCUCGGCAGCAUAGCUCAAACCCUGCCAUUCAUGCCUAGCUGGGCGCCUCAGAUGAGAGCUGGCCAUGAGUGCCCAGUAUUCGCUUGCACUGGCUGGGCAGCCUGUGCCAGGACCUGGGACUCAGGACGGAGCUGCCAGUGUGGAGUGCGCCCCGUACCUGGCUGCCACAGCUAAGAGGUUACACCACCCUGCCCAAAAGCAGCAGUGCCCAUGGACGUAGGGCUGUGUGAACUUCCUGGACAGCCGUGGUACAGUCCAGCACCCUCCGCUACACCCCCCACCCCCCAGCUCAGAGAGCUAGUACCAUGCCCAGCAGGAACGACAUGACCCAGCCCUGGAGCUGCUGCCCCGGCAGCCUCUGCAGAGGCAUAUGGCGUUACACAGUCAGGGCUGCAAAUGGCCAGGCGCAGCGCAGCUCCAAGGGAAGCUCAAACAGCUGAGUGGAUGGAGAAUUCCAAACUUUUCCACUUGCCGUUCAGGGAGGGUGAAUAGCAGCUCUGCUUCAACAGUCACCCAAUGCCUGUGUCCCAAAAGAUCCAAACGGACACGAGAAUCACUGUAAUCCAAAAUGCAGCCAGCUCUAGGGUAGAACACGGCAGCAGCACUACUACAUGUCAGAUGAGACUAUACUGCUCUUCAGGAUUCCAGCAUCCACUAUACCAUGCUAGUCACCACCAAUACACGUACCAGCAUCACCUGACACUGCAGGAGAGCAGAGGGAGGCAGAAGGCAGUUACUCGACUGGAAUCCAGCAGGGCUGAUGCACACUCUUCUUAGAGGCAUCACUGGCAAGUCUGCCCGUGCCUGUUAAAUUUAAUGACACUCAGAUGUGCACCAGCCCUGCCUGUCCUCUGUCAACUGCACAGACGAGGUCAGACACCAUGUCCGUCAGAAACCAGCCUGAAGUCCAUGGACCCUGAAGUCAAUGCAAACUGCAGUCCAGGGACUGUGUUGUGAACUGGCAGAGUCGGACAGAUCUAGCGGUUAGCGUUUGGAAUUGAAUGCCAAAUCUGACUUCCACCCACCUGCUGUGUGACCUUGGAAAGUCAGCCCCUCCCUGCAUCACUGACCACUGAAACCACCCAGGACUUGCAUUUCAGUUCACUAGGCAAGGGAUGGGCCUAGCUCCCUAGACAGGUUCCACUGCUCCUUGUGUUUGGGGCCAGGAGGAAGGCUACAGACUGAGCCCUCUGCCCUGAGAGCAGCCUAUUUCCCAAGGGGCAAGGACCCAAACCAAGCCCAUCUCAUUCUCCCAAGAGCACACACACCCAUCGAUACAGUGCCUGGCUGCUGGGCACUGCACAUUACCACAGAGAGCGUCAAGAGCCCAUGGCUUGCCUCACCCUGCACUGUGGCCCCGAGCAACAAACCCAUUCGCAGCCUCUUCUGAAGGCCAAGCCACUGAGAUGUGGGGCUCGUCUGCUCCCAGUUGGGUAGGGCUCAAAUGCACUCCAAGAGGCAGAAAAUUGCUGCUGGACCCACCUGCCACAGCCUGUGACUUAAAGCAACACCAUGGCAUGUGCCUGAAGUGUGCAGAGCAUCUCAGCGACAGCCACACAGAACGCAGUCAGCAGCAGAUGCAGAGCUAGAGGGCAGGGGAACUUGCCAGCUACCCCAAUUUGUGUUCUCCAUGCUUAGAGGAAGGGCCACCAGCUUGCAGGGAAGGGUUUCCCAAAACUAUUUGGGGAAGCAUGUCCAGCCCCCUGCUACACUGCUUAAAGUCCAUCAGUGGCCUUGGGUAGGGGAAACCUUAGGAAGCAGCUUGCUACAUUGCUGGUCAAGCAUCUGUUACUGAACAGUGAAUGAUCCAAAGUACAUGGGCAACGAGGUGAAGUGUCACACACAUCACUCAGCUCCAGAGGCACCAGGCCCAUUAGCACUGCUCCCCAGGCCGGGAAGCACUCGGACCACUCUCUGUCCUUGCAGCAGCUGCUUUUUAGUGGGUUUUUUAAACACCACUAUUUUUUCCUUUUCUCGAAGCACAGCAAACUCCAACUCGACAACCCAGCGUUAUGCUGCUGCUGAGACAAGUGUCCUCUCCAUAAUCACAUGCCUGGGAUGGGCCUCAGACACAAGGAGUAACGGAAAACAAGGGCAUCACCGCUCUGAGCGUGGCUGACAGAUGGCACAGCAGCUUGUAGCAGACGAUUUCUGAAGACAGCAAAUUAAUGUAUUUACUUUGUUUCCUUACUGUGCAAGAGCUCCCGUCUGUCUCUAGUCAGGCCUUUUACACAGCCUCUCUCCAGGGCAUCGGUCCCUGGCUUUUCAUAGAUCUCAGUCACCCACUUACAAAAACUUCCAGGGUGGGAGGCUGCAUGAGGGAGUAUUCUGACAAUCCCUAGCAGCUCAGCUUGCUGUCACACAGCUGCUUUGGCCAGACUCAAAGACUUCCCUGCCUCAUGCCUCAGAGAAAAUCUGGCUAAUUUGUUGGGGAGCAGCAAGGCUGUGGAAAGACACAGAGUGACCAAUGUCUGUGCGGCAUCAGGACACCAUUUGGCUGAAUACAGGCAGCAGCCCUUCAGCCCAGAAUGUCAGAGGAAUGCUGCCUGUGGCGCUAGGGCUGAGACAGACACAGGAUUCUUUGCUCACCUGCAGGAUGGUCUGUGCUCUUUCUGGCUCCAGGACGUGAACAACGUGCAGGCUGGUUGCAGUGCAGGGAGAAGUGCCUUGGCACUGUGCCGACCUCACAUCAGUCAUCACUGCACGUGGAAGAUCAGCUUUUCAGCCCAUGCCAGGAACCACAGCAGAUUAGCUGCUGCUAACAUUUCUACACAAGGCACUUUCUACUCCAACUCUCCCAGCUACUGGACCAGUGUUAGUGGGGAGCUUGGCAGUGUGUGGAGCAGAGAAGCCUGGCCAUGGUUACCUGGCUGCCCUCCUGUCUGCUGAAAUGCUUUUCUGCUGACAAAGUGGGAGCCAGACUCCACCACACCCAGCAAGCCAGGAGCUGAUUCUUCCCAGAGCUCACUGAGCCACUCAGCUAAGGGCUGCACAAAGAUGCCCUGUCAACAGGCAACAAGGAAAAUGGGGAGGGGGCCCCACUGGAAAUCAUGGUUGUUCCAGCAGAGCCUGAGCCUGGGCUGAGAUUCACCGGGGCAGCAUUUACCUACCUAGCUCAGAGGGGAAGAGAGCAAACAGGACUGGCCAGAGCAAGGUUCCCAGCACAGCUCUGGUCCGGCACCUCAGUCCUGGCCUGCAGCCUAUACCAGCAGGCCAGUAACACCUCUGUCCACACCCACUGCCACACAGUGCUGGGCUCCCACACUCCGCCACGCCUUCAAGAGGAAAGGCCACCAAAGAGUGAGUUCAGAUGGUGUCUAAGCAGCAGACACACCCCACUGAACUUGCACAGAAUGAGAGUGCAGCGCUGGAGACACGUGGUACUAUGGGAGCCCACUGGUCAGCCAGCCACCAGAGUUAGAAUUCACAGGUGAGAGGACUGUGCAAUAAAUAGGAGUCUACCAGUAGUGACUAGUAGUGAAUGGAUGAGUCCUGGGGUCUCCUCUUUAUUUUACUUUUUUAUUUCAACUGCCACACAGAU